AUGGCGGAUGAUUUAGAAAGUUUUGGUUUUGUUGGAACAAUUAAUGAUGAUGAAGAACUCAAGUUUGAUGAUGAAACAUCAGAAAGUGAUGAAGAACAAGUGGUUCCACUCACAAAGCAAAAGAAGAAAUUAAAAAGGAAAACUGAUUUCAACCACAAUUUUCAAUUUGAUUUUACUCUGAAAGAUGAAAGUAGUUUUGAUGCAGAUUUUGCUUUGAGACAUGCAAAGAAAAAGAAACUUGAAGUUACCAGUUUAGAUGAUAAAAUAUCCAAGAUCCGAACAGAAAAAAAGAAAUCCAUAGCAAAUGACAAGGAUAAAUCAGUGGAAAAUGAAGAUUGGGCUGAAAAUAGUGACAGCAGUGAAGAAGAUUCAGCUGAAGAAAUAAAUGUAGCAGAUAUUGUACGUGAUAAAACAAAGAAAAAGAAAAAAUCCAAAAAGCAAGAUGAUGAAGAAAAAGUCAAAUUUGAUGAAGAUAUUGACAGUUAUGAUGAGAACUUGACAUUUCAAAAUAUGAAUUUAUCACGACCAAUUUUAAAGGCUUUGUCUGCUAUGAAAUUUGAUAAACCCAUGCCUAUUCAAGCAGCUACAAUUCCAAUUGCACUGAUGGGCCGGGAUAUCUGUGCCUGUGCUGUUACAGGAUCAGGAAAAACUGCAGCUUUCAUGUUACCCAUUUUGGAACGUCUUCUGUAUAAGCCAAAGCAAGCAUCAUGUACUCGGGUUAUUAUUCUACUACCUACACGUGAAUUAGCAGUACAAGUUCACCAAGUCUCUAGACAAUUGGCACAAUUUACCAACAUUGACAUCUGCAUUGCAACAGGUGGUUUAGAUCUGAAAAUGCAAGAAGCUGCUUUGCGAAGGGGACCUGACAUUGUUAUUGCCACUCCUGGAAGACUUAUUGAUCAUCUUCAUAAUGCUCCUCACUUUAGUCUGCAUACUAUUGAAAUUCUUGUUCUUGAUGAAGCAGACAGAAUGUUGGAUGCCUUUUUUGCUGAACAAAUGAAGGAAGUGAUACGUCUUUGUGCUAGACAACGACAGACCAUGUUGUUUUCAGCUACAAUGACUGAAGAGGUUCAAGAUUUGGCAACAAUGUCUUUGAACAAACCAGUGAAAAUCUUCAUAAAUGAAAACACAGAAGUUGCCUACGGUCUGAGACAGGAAUUCAUACGAAUACGUCCAACCAGGGAAGGAGACAGGGAAGCUAUUGUUGCUGCUUUGGCCAGCCGUAUCUUUUCUGAUCAUUGUAUUAUCUUCAUCCAAACCAAAAAACAAGCACAUCGCAUGCAUAUAAUUCUUGGUUUGUUUGGUAUUAAUGCUGGAGAAUUGCAUGGAAAUUUGUCACAAGCUCAGCGUCUUGAGACUUUGAAAAAGUUCAAAGAAUCCAGAAUUGAUGUCUUAUUGGCAACUGAUCUAGCUGCUCGUGGUUUAGAUAUUGAGGGUGUAAAAACGGUUAUAAAUUUUACUCUACCAAGUACUCUCAAACAUUAUGUUCAUAGAGUUGGUAGAACAGCUCGGGCAGGAAAAAGGGGGAGAUCAGUCAGUUUGGUUGGGGAAAAUGAAAGACGUAUUUUGAAAGAAAUUGUGAAAAAAGCUCGUACUCCAAUCAAGGCUAGACUUAUCCCACAGGAGGUCAUCAACAAAUAUCGAGACAAGAUUACUUCCCUUGAGGCUGACAUAAAGGCUGUAGAAGCUUUAGAAAAGGAAGAGAGAGAAUUACAGCUUUCUGAAAUGCAAGUGAACAGAAUAAACAAUAUGUUGGAAGGAAAUAAUGGAGAACAAGAAAGAAAAUGGUUUCAAACUAAAAAGGAAAAAUCCUUAGAGAAAACGAAAUGUCUACUUGACAAACGAGAAGAGAGAGUAACCAGAAGGAAACAGAAACAAUUACAAGGACAAAAAAUGACAAAGAAAACAGGAACUCCUGAAGAACGUGUACAAUAUGAGCUGCACAAAGUUCAACAGUGUGCCGCUCGGUUCAGCAAAAAAGCCCAAAAGCAAAAGCGACUCACAUCUUUUAAAGGAACUUCCAAAAAAAAUAAAUCCAAAAAGAAAAAGAACUCACAGAUACGAGUAAAAAAUCUGUCAAAAUGUUCCGAUAUGGACCAAGUUAUGAAGAGAAAAAAGAACUUGGACUUAUUGGAAAGAAAAAAAAAUAAGAAAAACCAAUCUUGGAAGACGGAAUCAAUAUUUUUAGACAUUACCUUCACAAAAAACUGCAACGGCGGAUCUUUACAAACGCCCCUUGUCACCAUAUUUUGUGUACAUAGCCUACACGAUUCAUAUCGCUCUCCUACGACCUCCGGGAAGAAUGACUCGUACCACCAGAGCGACCGAAUGAACGCCUGUUCAGUCUACUGGAAAACUCCACGACUCAUCAACCUCAUUUGA